UAUAAUUUUUAGUUGUGUUAAAAUUUCUGGAUGGGAUACUGGAUUUUAUCCCCACCGUUCCCGUGACAAGCUCCGCACUGCUGGCGAAUGGCGUGGUUUGGUGUUCGUUUGCCCGGCCUGUGUCGACCAAAGUUACAGUACCAGGGUCGCGUUGUUGGGUGGUGAAGACCGGAUCGGUAUCGCCGCCCAGAAUCACUUAAUUGCCGCUGACUUUUCUCACGCCCUCGUUUUCGAAAAUCGUCGCGGUGUAGAUACCGAAAUCUAAUCCGUUCAAGUUUUCGUUUGAAGUAAUCGUCGUACGACGAUAUCGAUUGCAAGUUGUGUGCGUGUACGGUGACUAGAAAACGGACCCCGAAAACCCGAACAAUGCUGAUGAAAUUCGUGUCGGUCCGCGAGGAUGACAAGUGAAGUGUCGCCAAUAAAACAGGAGUCCGACGUUGAAAACCAGGAGAGCAAGCCCACCCCGUCGCCGUUGGCGCUGUUGGCGGCCACCUGCAGCAGGAUCGGGCCCACCUCGACCCAGCAGCAGGCCGCCGAGAACGCUACGCCCCCACAGGCGAUGGCAGGGACUACGACGCCCGUGAAGGGCAUGCCCGUCAACGGACCUCAAGUCCUUAGCGUACCCGUAGGCAUCCCCCAACAGCUACUCCAACAACAGGGGUUGGCGGCGGCAGCAGCUGCCGCCCAAGGACAAAAUCUCGCUUAUAAUGUUAUGCAACCUAUGCAAACUGUCACGGUGGAUGGACAAGAAACCCUACUAAUUCCUGCGAUGUCAUUAGCAGGGGCGGGACAACAACCUCAACAACUUUUUAGUCCAGGCCAAAUCAUUCGAGGACCCGGUGUACUUCCAGCAAAUUUGCAAAAUUUACAAAACAUUCAAACCGUUCAAUUGGCUAACGGCCAAAGUGUUGCUGUAAGACCAACGAUACCCCAAGUGAUACAAUUUCCUAUGCAACAGACCAUACCAGUGCAAGUGCCUAUAUCAUCCGGAAACGGACAGACAAUUUAUCAAACAAUACAUUUACCCAUCCAAUUAUCCACAGCUUUACCCAAUAUAAUUCAGGCGCAGCAAGUUUUACCCCAAGUAGCUAACAUCAUCACACCAGGCGGUCCGAUUCAACAAGUACAAAUCGCCACUUCCGUCGCUCAACAAGAAGCGCAGCAACAACCACCAGUCUCCUCGCAAAGCGUUACCGUUCAAGCAGAUACUCAACCAAUGACUUUCACGGGCGCGAAUGGACAACAAUUUACGAUUAUUCCCGCAACUAACGUGCAACAAGUUAGGAGUACAAACCUUGGGAACAUUAUUCAAGUGCCUAAUAUACAAACAAUACCAACUAUACAAAACAUACCAGGUUUAGGAAACGUUCAAGUUAUAACCCAAGCUCAAACUCAACCUCAACUCACAGUUGGACAACAACUCCAACCAGAUCCGCAAGAUCCCACAAAAUGGCAAGUUCUUCAAAGUAUAACAACACCUCAACAACCUCAAGCAACAACAAUAUCCCCCGGUGUUUUUGUGAACGCUAAAGUGGAAUCAGCUCCAGCUCAACCAGCAUCUCCUGCAAUGGAAAGUAACGAAAAACCGAGAGUACGAAGAGUAGCUUGUACUUGCCCCAAUUGUUCUGAAGGAGAACGCCACACAGACCGAAAGAAACAACAUAUCUGUCAUAUACCCGGAUGUAAUAAAGUUUAUGGCAAGACUUCUCAUUUAAGAGCACACUUAAGGUGGCACACCGGCGAACGACCUUUCGUCUGUAAUUGGUUAUUUUGCGGAAAACGCUUUACAAGAUCAGACGAGCUUCAAAGGCAUAAACGCACGCAUACUGGCGAAAAAAGAUUUCAAUGUGUGGAGUGUAACAAGAAGUUUAUGAGAUCGGACCACCUUUCAAAACAUAUCAAAACACAUCAGAAACAAAGAAUAACGGAUAACGAUGAUGAUGAUUCUGAAACAAAAACCGAGGUACAAAACAAUGAAAGUGAAGUCAAAAUUAUUUUUGAAAAUACAGAAUGUAAUCAGGAUGAAUCAGGAAAGGUUAAAAAAUGGUUGUUUGGAAAUAUGAAUUUUAAUGAUACAGAAGAUGAUAGGGCAAGUAUUAUAAUUAUUGGGAGAAUCAAGAACAACAAAGGAUUUAUGAAGAAGAUAUAUUUCAAAUCUUUUUUCUUGUAUUUUGCGAUUUUGACCGAAUUAUUUUUUAUAUGAUUUUUAAAUAAUUAUUUUC